UUCACUGUUUUUUGUGUAUUGUGUCUAUCCGUCUGAAUAUUUUCAGUUGUUUUUUUUCGUAGACGCUCUUCGUCAACGAUGUCGUUCAUCGGGCGAGGUGGAUGUCGCUACUGCAGAUGUGGAGAAUACGUGAAGCCGCCCGAGGGGGAAAAAUGUUACCACUGCAACCACGACAUGGACUGCCACCUCGUCAAAUACAAACCUCAAACCAGUACUGGAGCACAAACCAGAAAAUACGAUUCAUGGUCUGUUCAGAACCCUAUAGAUGGUGCCACGGUGGACGUUAGCCAAAUGCAAUCGGGGGCGACGUUUAGACAAGACGCCCCUGACAUAUGUUUUGAAGAAACAAGGGAAGUUCGUGAAUCCUCUGUCCGGGCGCAUGGUCAUUUCACCAAGCCCCAAGAUAAAGUUUCAAUCAUCUCAAGGCAAAUAUCAUCAGUGAAAGGAAAGGACGGAGAUGUUGGAUCUACUGAAGGGAAUGCUCCCUCCAAAGCAGCUCAAAGAUCAAUUGGUGCGAAGCCAGAAAGAGGAGAGUCGAGUCCAGCUCCUAAGCCCAGACAGUUCAGUUCCCUGACGAGGACACCAAUAAAGGCAUCUGAUGUGUUUGUUGGUACAGCACCUUACAAUGGACCGAAACCAUCCUGCUGGCGUCUUAGAAUGAGCCACCUUGCAUACGGAACCGAACCACCAGAAGCUCUUUGUGGCUCAUACAAAAUUGCAGAGAAAGGGCGGACAAUCUAUGUGGGCAAUGCUGAAAGUGCAUCUAUCAGAACAGCUCUGCGGAGGCACUUCAGAGGAAUGGGCAAGCAAACCAUUGGGGCUUAUCUUGCCACCUUAGACAAAGAGUACAAAGAUGAAUUUAUAACAGUGUUCUGGCUUGGUAUUGAUAUCAAACAUGCCUGCAAGUGCAGCUAUCUUAAGUGCUUCGAAAGAAUGGAAGGUAAAAAGCCACAGUAUAACAUGCAGGGCCAUGCCUACGUCUCGCGACCAAAGCGAAGGGGUACUCGGUCUAAAUCUGACCCAUAUAAUCGGGACAUUAUUACUCCUGCAUUUGUUAAAGAUUUUCAGAAUUAGGGAUUCUUCUAGAGGAUUUAAAAGUUGAAUAGUGGACUCAUAUUUUCAUUUACAGGAAAAGAUUUCAUUGAUUGAUUGUUAUCACCACAGUCAGCAAUAUUCCAACUAUAUGGCGGCGGUCUGUAAAUAAUCGAGUCUGGACCAUAGAAUCCAAUGAUCAACAGCAAGAGCAUGGAUCUACGC